AUGGCUUCCAUGGACAUCGACAAGCCCCUCGACGAGAUCAUCGCUGCUAAGCCCCGCUCUCGUCGCGGUCGUGGUCCUCGCUCGGGAGGUGCUGGUGGAGCUGGAGGUGCUGGUGCUGGUGCCGGUGGCGCGCGUGCUCGUUACGCCGGAGCUGCGCCCAAGUCUGCUUCGGCCAAGCAGUCCGCGCGUGCUGCUGCCCCCGUUCCGGCCAAGCCCAUCACGGCUGAUGCCCAGAAGAUCAUCAUCUCUAACCUCCCCGCCGACGUGACGGAUGCCGCUGUCCGCGACCUCAUGCAGUCGACCGUCGGACCGGUUCGCUCCGUUCACCUGAGCUACACCAGCACCGGCAAGAGCACUGGUGUCGCGACCGUCAUGUUCAAGAACAAGGGCGACGCCAACAAGGCCCACUCGACGUACCACAACAGGAUGAUCGACAACCGUUAG